AUGGUAUUAGCCUCCACAAACCCCUCCCCAACUUUGGACUCUUCCAACUACAAACAAACAAAUUUAAUCAUUGACCAUCCCUUAUUGGCAACCAUCUAUGCUCAGAUUGGUUGUCAGGAAGGUGCAAUUGAUAUGUUAUUUGGAAACCAUAAGGUGAGAUGUCUUGUGUUUGGACCUACUAAUGAUUCUCCAAUCAGUGGUGGUUACCGUGUAAUCAAUACUAUUCAUGAUUAUGUCUAUGAGCAUACCGUAACUAUGCUCUCCGACACCACCCUCGAUUUGGAGAAAAUUUUCUCGUGUAACAGGUCAAAAUCAUUGGGUAAUAGUGGGAUUCAACACAUGGAAAGAAAGUUGUGGAACAAAAAACAUGAUGCAACACAUGCCCACAAAUCAAAAAUGAAAGUGUUACAUGUUAUCAAGCAUCGAUUAAAUAAGUUUACUAGAUGGAAAGAUGCAUGGCUCUUUAAAACAAGGUUUAAGCAUCAUUGUGGAAGGAUUAAACACAAAAAAGUUGAUUUUUACAAGGCCAAAAAGGUUUUCUACAUGAUCAGGUUCCUCAAAGUAAGGUGA